GUCUUCAACAACCGUUGCUGCGGAACUGGCUUGAUCUGCAACUACGGCAAGUGCGAGAUCGCCCUCGACGCGUCAUGCCAACGGACCGUCCUAGGAGGCAGCGGUUGUGCUCAAAAGAUCUAUGACGACCGGUCGAUUGGUUGCGAGUCCGGCCGCUGUUGCGUGCACAGCAUCCCGGACAAGUUGCUCAAGCGCGUCAAGAGCUCAUCCUACGGAGUCGACGUCUUGAAGUACAGCCCAGUGCUUCAGAGCCUUUGCAG